AUGCUCGAUAGAAGUAAAAUGUCUAAUUCGUUUGCAAAAUCUUCAUUUUUGCAAACCUUGAAUUCCUCUCCAUCACAGAAGUGGCUAGUACAAUAGAACUCAAAGAGUUAAAAAUUCCUCUAACCAUUGUCCAGCUCGAUCACUGAGAAAUCAAAAAAACUAGGAAAUGAAUAAGGAGCAAACAAUGAAAUUAUGUUAAAGGAGUUGGUUCAAACUAAUUCAUUUGACCCUACAUAAACUCUGUCCUAGUUCUACUCUACUACAUACUUCAGUCCUACAAGAACUUUAUCAAAGUUACCCAUAAAACCAGAGGAUAGACUAAAGAAAAUUAAGAGUAUCUCCACUCUAAAGCAACAUGAGCUGGAAUCGACGUACCAUGAGGUAUCUUUGCCAGUUUUAAGAUAGAUUAAAAAUAUGAAAAGAAACUGGGGGAAUGAGAGGACUAUGCCAGAGUAUGAGAUUCAAAAAGGAGAUCUAGUUUAUAGAUCUAUGAUGGAAUCAUGCAUGAUGCUUGAUAACAAUAAAAAAAUAUAAAAGGACGUUGAGUUUGAGAUGAAUGGAAAUUAUAAGGGUAAACUAGAUUCAUUCAUUAAAGAGUCAAAGUCCGGGAUCUGGCUUAAACAAAAAAUGCCAAAGAUUAAGCAAAACCCUAGCAUUUAGUAUAGAAAGCCACUAAAAGAAGAAGAAUAGGACAAGAAAAAAUAAAAGCAUUAAACUCUAGAUAGUCAAACAAGCUCUAAGUUUACCUCUAAAUUAAAUCUCCAAUUAUAAAAUGCUUUAAAUGAUGGAUCCAUCCCAUCUAAUGGAGAAACUAAAAGAGAUGGCUUAAAUGAUGAAAGCUCCUUAGAAAGAGACCUAGGAGCAGUAAUAGAUAAGGUUUAAGAAGCAGCUUAGGUACAGAAAGUAAAAAAAGAGAGACACGUUCCAAAUGAACUUGGAAAUCCUGCAGCCGGUAAGAUUGAUCUUAAAACAUUAGAGAAUUACAAGUGUCACUGGACUAUUAAAGAGAGUGUUAAUUGGAAACCUUGUGUGAGAAUAGGAGCAUCCCUUGUCAAUUGCGGAAAUGUCAUAAUGAUGUUUGGAGGAUAUAACAAAAUAGCUCUUUAAGAUCUUCAAUAUAUAGAUUUCAAAAAAGCUUAAUGGAAUCUGAUUGAAGUGACUAAAGGAAAGAGACCUAUUGAAAGAUUCGGACAUUCAGUUGUAUUUUACAAGGGUAAUAUGAUUAUUUUUGGAGGAGAGCAAAAAUACAAUGCAGAAAUUAGAAUGAGAGAGACGUUUAAUGAUCUUUGGGCUUACAACGUAGUCCUGAAUGAAUUUAAAGUAAUCAAUGCACAGAAUAGAUUAGCUUGUGAAGCCAGAAAAGAUCACUCAAUGGUUCAAGUAGGUAUACAUUUGCUUGUUUAUGGCGGUAUAAACAGCAGAGGGAUCCUGAUUGAUGACCCUAUGGUUUAUAGCUUUUAAACGAAUGAAUGGAUGCCAUUGUAAAUCAAAGGGCCAUCCCCAGGUCCUUUAGCUUUUCAUCAAGCUUGUGCAGUUUACAAAAAAGAUAGGAAGGGAACAGUAGGGUUCAGUCUUUUUAGAAUGGGCGAAAUAAUUGCUCCUCAAAUAGAGUCUAAAAUAAAAACAGAAGGAAUUUACUUCUUCGGAGGGAAAAGCACAAAUGGCUUUCCUUAAAAUUAGCUGAGAAUUUUGAAGACUGGCAGAGUUCCACUAGAAUGGAAAGAAGUGAAAUCAGUUUCAAAAGAUCCACCUCCUAGGUACAAUCAUACAUUGAAUUUCUCAGAGGACUAAAAUUUGCUCGUGUUAUUUGGAGGAAGAUGCGAUUUUGCAGCUAAGAUGACAAAUUAUUAAUAGAUACUGAAUGAUGUGUGGGUUCUUUACUUGGAUAAUUUGUGCUGGUAUGAAGUAUAAUGCAGUGGAUCAGUACCAAGAGAAAGAUUCUGCCAUUGCGCUACUAUAGUUGGAACUUAGCUUUUGAUUUUUGGAGGUUUGAACAGUGAUAACUUCUUAUGCUCUGAGAUUUAUUGUUUGGAAUUAGACCCAUAUCAUUCAAAAAGGAUGAGAGCUGAUUUUAAUAGGAAGAAGACUACUAAUAAUGGCUAGUUUAAUAUUGAUUACGGCAGCUUUAAAGCCGGAGGGUUAAGCGAAAACCAAGAAUAUUGA